AUGGGAAAUCGCGCGGCGUUAAGCGUCGCUGGUCCCGCUCCUCUGGUCGGCUUCUUUGUGAAGAUCAGCAGCACGUCUUAUGAUUCCUGGCGUUAUAUUGCAUCACCGAAUACUGUGGUUUCUAUUAUUGCCACCAUCAGCAAAGCAGCUCUACUGGUUCCUGUUUCGCUCCUCCUGGGUCAACUCAAUUGGAAUCAGGAUAGCACUCCCGCUUCGGCUCUGCUUUAUCACUUACAAGCUAUCGACCAGGCGAGCUAUGGGCCUGGGGGUGCUUUGGAUGUGCUUUGGAGAAGCAUAAAGGAACUGAGAAUGAAUGUGUUGAUAUUUGCGGGAGCAUUCAUAACAAUUCUAGCCCUUGCUGUGGAUCUAUUUGGGCAUGAGAUGUGGACUCUACGGAAGAUGGACGAGAUGCAACCGAUAUCCGAAAGUAUCUAUGCAACAAUGCACCGAGAGGAAGACCGCCCUGUGUUUAUUGAGGGAUAA